ACAACUAUGGCUGCAGGAGUCUUGCCGCAAAAUGAAAAAACAUAUUCCACUUUGGUGAAUAGCAGUGGGUAUGCUGCAAACAUGGAUGGUGAUGGUGGCUGUGUCUUCUGUCAACCGUACAGAGGGGAAUCCAACUUUUCCCGAGAGAAAAAAAAAUUCAGAACGCCCAACACCAAAGUACACAAAGGUGGGAGAACGUUUACGGCAUGUCAUUCCUGGACACAUGGCAUGUUCCAUGGCGUGUGGUGGGAGAGCAUGUAAGUAUGAGAACCCAGCCCGCUGGAGUGAGCAGGAGCAAGCCAUUAAGGGAGUUUACUCAUCCUGGGUCACUGACAGUAUCCUGGCCAUGGCUCGUCCGUCCUCUGAGCUGCUGGAGAAGUAUCACAUCAUUGAGCAGUUCCUCAGUCAUGGCAUAAAAACAAUCAUCAACCUGCAGCGCCCUGGUGAGCACGCCAGCUGUGGGAACUCUCUGGAACAAGAAAGUGGUUUCACGUACCUUCCCGAAGCAUUCAUGGAGGCUGGCAUUUAUUUCUACAACUUUGGGUGGAAGGAUUAUGGUGUAGCGUCCCUCACUGCCAUCUUAGACAUGGUAAAGGUGAUGACAUUUGCCCUACAAGAAGGAAAAGUAGCUGUCCACUGCCACGCAGGGCUUGGGCGAACAGGUGUCCUAAUAGCAUGUUAUUUAGUUUUUGCAACAAGAAUGACUGCUGACCAAGCAAUUAUAUUUGUGCGGGCAAAACGCCCCAAUUCCAUACAGACCAGAGGGCAACUGCUCUGUGUACGGGAAUUCACUCAGUUUCUGGCUCCACUCCGUAAUAUUUUCUCUUGCUGCGAUCCCAAAGCACAUGCUGUUACCUUAGCCCAGUACCUGAUUCGCCAGCGUCAUCUGCUUCAUGGUUAUGAGGCACGACUUCUGAAAUACGUGCCAAAGAUCAUCCACCUAGUUUGCAAGCUGCUGCUUGACUUGGCUGAGAACAGGCCAGUAGUAGUGAAGAGCCAGCUAGAAGGACCUGGCCUCUCUGCUGAAAUCGAGAAGACUGUGUCUGAGAUGGUCACAAUGCAACUGGAUCAAGAGUUACUGAGGCAGAACAGUGAUGCACCUGACCCGUUUGACCCCACUGCAGUGGUGGCCGAGUUUGAGAAUCAGGAUGUGAGUCUUUCUAAUGAGCAAGACUUUGACCCCCUCUGGAAGAGGAGGGAUGCAGAGAGUCUUCAGCCCCUGACGCAUCUGAAAAGACAGCUCAGCUACAGUGACUCAGACUUAAAGAGGGCCAAAGCUAUCCUGGAGCAAGGGGAGACACCCUGGACAGUGCCUGCCCAGGAUUUGCUGGGCCACAGCCUCCAGCACCAGGCGCAAAUCAGCAACUGUUUCAUACCACCGACUUCAGAGCUAGGUUUAAAUAAGGAAGCACUGGUUCACAGUACAUUUUCCUUCUGGACUCAGUCAAAGUGCCGAGGCUUAGAAGGACUCAAGGACAAUGGGUCACCACUCUUCUGUAGGAAGGACAUUCCAAAGGAAGUACAGCGGAGCAGGACCUUCUCUGUGGGUAUUUCUUGUCCACACAAUCCUGGAGAACCAGUGACACCCAACUUUGCAGGUGUUCAUAUGGAACCAGAGCAAGUCACCCACAGUCAUUGUGAAGCUCCUAGUGGUUGGGUUCCAGGCUCUGUUCAGGAGGAUGGGAGGACUCCCUGCAGCCCUCUAAACUGUGGCUCCAGUCCUAAGUCACAGUGCCCACAUGUUCAGGAAAGCCAAGGCAGCUCAUCCCUGUUGGAAGCAAUGCCAGAUGAUGGUUUUCAGUCUGAACUGAGUGCUGAAGCCAGGAGGAUAUUGGCAGCCAAAGCCCUUGCAAAUUUAAAGGAGUUUGUGGAAAAGGAGGAAGUGAAAAGGAAAGUGGAAAUGUGGCAGAAAGAAUUAAAUUCCCGAGAGGGAGCCUGGGAAAGAAUAUGUGGUGAGAGAGACCCUUUCAUCUUGUGCAGUUUGAUGUGGUCGUGGGUGGAGCAGCUGAAAGAGCCUGUAAUCACCAAAGAGGAUGUGGACAUGCUGGUUGAUAGACAAGCCGAUGCCGGUGAAGCCCUGUUUUUACUAGAGAAGGGGCAGUACCAGACCAUCCUCUGUGUGUUGCACUGUAUAGUGAGCCUGCAGACGCUUCCUGUGGAGGUGGAGGAAGCUUGCCUUUCACACGCCAUUAAAGCUUUCACCAAGGUUAGUUUUGAUUCUGAAGAUGGACCAAUAGUUUACAACACCCUGAAGAAAAUAUUUAAGCACACAUUGGAAGAAAAGAGAAAAAUGGCAAAAGACAGCCCUAGGCCUGGCCUCUCCUGAAGCUUUCCUCUCUGGACAAGUGUCCACCCCCAGGGUCCGCCCCACAAAGGGUGGCGCUUCUUUCUGUUCCCAUGUGGGUGUGGCAUGCUGGUGCCGCCCUUCCUUGUCACACUCCAUUGUCAACGCUGCCUCUCUUGUGUUGAGAAUAAUGGUUCCUUUUUGGAGUAGUUAUUUAUUUUAAAAUGUCGUUGGCUGUGUCUUGAGAAUUUGCCAUAAAGUUGGUGCCACUUUAUUUAUUUGCUGAAUUAAUACAGUUGUGUUGACAUUUUAUGUAUGUUAUAUUUGUGCCGUUAUUCUUUUUGACAUUUUGGAGGGGAAAUAAAGAACCCUUCUAAAACAGUUUUUUUCUUAACAGAACUCUCCCUGGAAUUUCGAUAAAAUAGAUCGUUUUAGUAGUAAAACCUUAAUAUGUAUCCCCCCCACAAGACAUAUAUGUAUCUCCUCCUUCAGAAAUAUGACCUAAGAAAGUCACCAAGUGUCUUAAACUGUUUUAUAUUUGUUACUAAGGAGACUAUUAAUACAUUGUAAAGGACUUUUAAAAACUUUGAAGCUUUGUGGUUUUCUUUUCUUUUUUACAGAUGUGGCAAAGGCUUUCAAAGUGUGUUAUUUUUCAGUGAUCCAGUGAUUGAACUCACGUUAAUAGACUGACUGGAGUGGCUGGGAUUUUGUACUUGUAGGAAGUAGCCCUGCUCUUGUCAGGCUUCCAGACAACCUCGCCCUUGGCUGUCCGAGGAGGGAGCAGCUCUCAACCCAGAAGCCUUAUUCCACUUCCCCAACCUGCUGCUGAGCCAGUUGGCUUCUUUACAGAGAAAUGGGAACAGACAUGACCAGUGUGGGCAGUUGCUAAGGAGCAGAACUGGCCUUUGUCCUCGCAGGCACUGUGUAGAAGGGGCCGUGUGCUGGGGUGGAGGCUCCUAGCCAGCCUGCUCUCGUGGGGCACUGUGGCCAUUCUGCACAGGCAACUCAGACCUGGAGCAAGUCAAGCAAGCCAUUGUGUGCCCUAGGAGUACUGGCACUGCGGCCCCCCCCCCCCCCCCCCCCCCCCCCUUUAACAAGCCCGCUUGCCUCGGCCUCUGACACUAGCUGAUGUUUUGCUAUGAGGAUUACAAUUUUUAAAUUGAAUUUGACCCCAGGUUGCAUUCACCUUAACUGGCUUCAAAUGAGAACAGAAAACUGCUCAAACUUGAUCCUUUAGGUUAAACUAUUAGUCAGCAGCAAUUGAAGCCUUAAAUUAAUAUAGGAGCAGCAGAGCCCAAUCCAUAAAGAGACAAGGAGUUUCUUGGUAGAGGUGAUAGCCAGGCCAACUCAAACUAAAGAAGUUGCUUCUCAGAAUGUGAGGAAAGAAGCAAGACUGAAUUAGAACAACUGAAAUUUCCCUAACUCAUGCAUUUCUGAAUUACACUCUAGUAUAUCAAAAACUAUUUUAAUCAUUAGUCUUACCAACUCUGAUGGCAAAGGCUAAGUGUAGCUUUCUUCACCCUGCAUUUUCUUCUUGGGAAAUGAAAUACAAUAGCUGUUAAUGAACUGGCUUACCCAUGUUGAAAUGUCUUUUUAAGUGCCUAGUCUAGCAGCAGGAAAUAGUUGCAUUUUAUCUCUUGUGGUACAUUCUGAAAUCUGAUGUUCAAAUAGAAUGUUUGUCUUCAUCUCCAUGUGCCUCGAAUGGGCAAGUGAUGCAUAGAACUUCACCAUGUUCAUCUGGAGCACUUGUUUUAAGUUCUAGAGCAGUCAUGUGACCAUGCCACUGCAUGUCAGAAAAAUCCAAGUACACCAGCCUGAGAAGACACAAUCAGGCUCUGUUCCAGUGUUGUGUUUCUUUGAAUAAAGAUGAAGAGAACAACCAC